AUGGGAAAGAAGGACCGGCGUCGGCGCCGGAGUAGCUCCAGCCCUCCGCGCAAGAAGGAGGAGAAGACCGAGAAGAAGAGGAGGAAGUCCUCCUCAGAACGGCCCAAGAAAGAAGGCACGAAGGUGGAUUUGUCGGACUCGGAAGCUCCCGUGGCGAAGCUCAUCCCGGCCGCUCAAGUCAAGGCCAAAACGGAGGCCAAGGAGGCCGAGACCUUCGCCGCCAGGGGAACCUACUUUCGGCACGGCACCAAUCAUGGCAAGCCGGUCUACAAGAAGAAGCCAGACGACACACCAGAUGACGAUGAUGACCUAGAUGUGCUAAUAUACUACUGGGAUGAGCGGGAUGGUGAAGAGAACUGCGGUUGGUGGUUCAGUCCCAGUGUGGGCGGCGAGAUGGUUUGGGCAUAUCACCCAAGUCGCAAGGCGACAUCGCCGCCACCUGCGGAGUGGAACGUGCCCCAUGACGGGCCCAUUGACAAGAGCUUCACAGUGACGGCUGCCCCCCAGCUUGCCAAAGAGAGCCAAAGGAGCCUGAAAAAGGAAGAGGCGAAAGACAAGAAAGAUGAGGAUGAUGAUGAUGAGGAGGAGGAAGAGGAAGAGGAGGAGGAAGAGGUCGACGAGGAAGUAUCGCGACCCAAAGCGGCACCUCUUUCGAAAGAUGGCUCCUCAGACAGCGAUGCUCGCGCACGUAGGAAGCCGAAGGACUCGAAGGACUUGACGGCUGAGGAGCGAGAGCUGGAGUUGCAGGAGGCGGAGGACCGGCGGCUGAUGGAGCAGCUUCGUCAGCGAGAAGAGGCCCGCAAGAAGAAGGCAGAAGAACUGCGGAUGCGGAAGGAGCAAGAAGAACCGGACCGGAGAGACGACAAAGAGGACAAGAAGAAGAAGAAGCGUCCGGAAAAGGAGAAGAAGAAGGACAAGGAGGAAAAACGGAAGAGGGAGGAAGAGGAGAGAGAGCGCCUCCGCAAGGAUCGGGAGCGAGAGGAGGAGGAAAGGCGACGGAAAGACGAGGAAAGGCGGCGAAGAAAGGAGGAGGAGGACCGACGCUUGAAGGAAGAAGAGGACCGCCGAAGAAAGAGAGAGGAGGAGCGGCGUGAAGAAGAGGAGCGCGAGAAAGAGCGACGUCGGCGAAAGGAGGAGGAGCGCAGAGAAGAGGAGGAGCGGGAAGAAAGAAGACGCCGGAAAGAGGAAGAAGAGCGGAGGAGGCGCAGAGAAGAGGAGGAUCGUCGCAGAAGGGAAGAAGAAGAGGCGGAACGACGACGCGAGGAGGAGCGCCGGCGGAAGCGAGAAGAGGAAGAAGAGGAGGAACGUAAACGUCGACGUCUCAUUGAGGAGAAGGAGGAAGCCGAACGUGCUCGGCGCAAGGAGAAGGAGAAGGAGGAGCGCCAAAAGAAGGAGGAAGAGCGGCGCAAGCACGAGGAGAAGAUGCAGAGGAAGUUGGAAGAGCGCCGGCGCCGCGAGGGCAACGACGAGCGAGAUCGCGACCGCGACGGGCGCGACCGAAGCGACCGCGACCGGUCAGACCGCGAUGUUCGCGACCGUGACCGAGAUCGGUUAGACCGCCGGGAGGACCGCAGAGAAGACCGCCGAGAGGACCGUGACCGCGGUCGUUUAGAGAGGGAAGGAGCUAGCGGCGCUCGGUCGGAGAGCCAGCCGCACGAGCGGAAAGAGAGGCCGGAAGACAAGCAGCAAAAGGCGGUCCAGGCCGUGACCUCCUGCUUCCACCGGAUGUCCGGGGUGAACUUGGGAAAUUUCGAGAGCUUGAAGGCGGAUUUCGAGCGCAUAAUGGCUUCGGAACUUCCGUACACAGGCGACAAGGAGCCCGCACUGCGAGAGGAAGCCAGCCGAGUCCUGACUUCGGCGGAAGAGCAAGUGGCAAAGGAGAAGCUGGCCCUGGAAGAGGAGCAAAAACGUCGUGAGGAGGAGGAGAAGCUGCGGCUGGAGCAAGAAGCAAAAGCAAAGCGACAGCAGGCCGCCAACCUGAAUGUCUUGAAGGCCUUGCAGAAGCUGUCGGAUGCCACGCCUGAAAAUUGGGCUCAGAUGAGCCACGACUUCCAGGAGAUCAUGCGAACAGAGCUCCCGGAGACCGGGGACCAGCGCGAGGCCCUCCAGGCGGAGGCAGACCGCGUCUUCAACUACGCGCAGCAGUACGUGAAGCAAAUGGAGGAGAGGCAGAAGGAACAAGCGGAAAGAGAGAGGAUUCGCCUGGAAGAGCUGAAGGUGAAGGAGCAAAAUGCCCGGCAAGUCUUGCAAGAGGUCGAGGCCUGCCUCUGCAAGGCGGAGGAGGAAGCCCAGAAGGCGCGAAGCAUCGCAGAGCAGCUUUACCAGCUCGCCAACGGCGGGGGCGGUAGCUCUGCGAGCUCUGGCCGAGAUGCCUUAGUGUCCAGCUUCCCGAAGGGUGCCGAGGAGGCUUUGCGUAUGGGGAGAGUUUGUUUAGAAGCAGGGAAAGGAGCUCAGCUGAGCGCCGAAGGUGCCUGGAAAGUGCUGGAAGGGCACCGGAUGGCUUUGCUGGAGCUGGAGACUUUGCGGCAGGAAAUGCUGGUCUUCGUGCAGCGCAGCGAGGCGCGGCUUCAGGCCUGUCAGAUGGCCGCUCAGCAGGCAGUGAAAGUGGCGUCGGAAAGCCGUGAGCGGAUUCAGAACAAUGCCUCUCCCAUGCUCUGGGACCGGAAGAGCGGCGACAUCUUCCGGACCUACGACCAGGACGAGGACGGCUUCCUGUCCCGGAAUGAAGUCAUGAACUUUGCGAGGAUGGAGUAUGGCUUCGCCAUCCCUGCGGCUUCCUUGGAUCGGAUCUUCCAGCAGCUCAGUGCCCCAUCAGCACCGGGCCUGGAGCCCACGCGCUUCCAGCAGCUGCGGACCUCCGUGGGCAUCGCACGCUUCGAGUCUCGCGUCUUGAGGAAAGCGCAGAAAGAAGCCGAAGGUCAGGACUCCCUAAAGGUUGAGGCGGAGUAUAGACAGUACCUGAAGCAGCGGAAGGGAUCAGUCUCGGCAGAAGUCGAGUCCAUCGCAUGGACAGAUCUUGAGAGCAAGGUCUUGGAAGUGGAGUCCGCCUCAGCUUCUUUCGUGGCGGCUGCCGAAAAAGAGACCCAGGAGGAGCUUCAGAAAUUUGAAGCGUCCUUGGAUCAAAAGCUUGCGGCGGCAAGGAGUUCUUUGCCUAGCUUCCUCAGCCAGCUGCGAAAUCUGCGCCACAGCACCAUGCAGCUGAUCAUGGUUCAGGCUCCGAAGAAGUCUUCAGAGGUUCAGAAAGAAGGGACGAAGGAGCCGAAGGAGUCUGAGAAAGAAGGCGGCGACGGCGACGGCAAGGAGCCGCACGGCAAGGAGGCUCCAGAGCCGAAGCCAGAGACUCCGUCAGAGCCUCCGUCAGGGCCUAGCGGGCUCAAUAGCGAGAACAGCCAGGACUCUGACGUGAAGGAGCUGAAAGAGCUGCAGGGAAAGCUUCGAGAGCUCUCGCUGAAGCUUGCAAGGCUAGAGGCAAGGGUUCUUCUUGCAGAGCGCAAGGCCUCCGAGGGGCGCAAGGUUACAGCCCGCAUCGCCGCCUCUUUGGUCGAGGAAGUGCGAGUGGAGGUUGCCCUGAAGCUCCGGCAAUGCAUCGAGCAGCUGGGCGGCAAAGCCGUGGACCUCUUCCAGAUCAUUGCCAAGGGCGAGGAUGCCGCCUCCGUUGAAGAGGCACAUGCCUUCCUCAAGGAGAACAACUGCGAUAUGGAAGUGGAGAAGCUGGCGCGCGCCUUCGCCGCCUGCAAGGAGGACACGGAGAAGGGCAGCACGAAAGUCAGCCGAGAGGAGUUUGCCAAGAUUAUCCGCGUGGUCUACGAGGUGAAGCGGGAGGUGAACCUCACGGAAACCUUGGCCAUCGGUCCGGCCAUGAGGACCCUGGAGGUCGGCGAGCACCUCGAGGUCCACGCCGGGCCCAGGGCCGAGCCGUCGGGGGAGGGCUUGCAACGCCUUCACGUGCGUGCCCUCCGGGACGGUGCCCUUGGCUGGGCCACCCUCGCGAGCAGCCGCCGGCCCAGAGCGACAUUGGGAAGGGCAGAGAGCCUCAUGCCGUGGGCCGUGGUAACGACCUCGAGAAGCCCCCCUUACAUAGUGAGGAGCAGUGCAGAGCGAGUCAGUGAGACGUGCAAACAGUCUGCAGACACCUGCGUAAAGAAACAAGAGUCUCCGAAUGAUCCGACAGUGUCUGCAAAACACGCCGUUUUCCUCAGCCUUAUAUGUGCGAGUUGCCUCUCGAGAGAGCCCCCCCAGCUGCAGGCCCCGACCCCUUCCCAGAAUUUUCUCUUUGAUGCGAGAUGGGCGUUUUGGUUUGGAUCGCGGAAGUGCUGGAGGCCCAGCUCCUCCUCGCGUUUUGCAUCUUUUGGCUUUGGACCUUCCGGGAGUUCCUCAAGGACCUUCUCGCUGGGUUCGGAUUUGCGGCGAAGGUCUCUGUAG